CCCCCCCCCCCCUCCAAGAGAGCCCGAGUCCGGCCUCAUACUAGACACUUAGCAAAAUGGCCUCGGACGAAAAGACGCUGCAAAACUUUGUCCAAGAGAACCCGGCCACCCAAGAUCAUCAGGCUGCAAUGGAUCGCCUACUCGGGCAUUCUCCGCGCCGCUUCGUUCCAGUUGCACGAUGUCUGCGAAUAGCCCAGGGCGAAGAGGAGUACCUGCUCCCGCAAGUGAGCAUGAUCAUUCCCGUCUCGACCGCUCCACAAUGCUUUCCGACCGGCAACGACGUCGAGAUUUGGGUGCUACGCCCUGACUGGUCCUCGCUGCGUCGCUGCGGCUUUCGCCCGAGCCAUGCAUCCGUCAUGUGCUUCCUCGAACACAAAGGGGCCUAUGACGGCUACAGCAAGUGUCCUCGUAUGUUGUUGUCUCGCACGCUGCACCGGCUUGGCAGGGAACGGGGCACCAAGGCCUUAGCUGGCUUCGAGAUCAAGUGCAUGCUCCUAGACCAGGAUUCCCAGCCUCUCAACCAGCUGGACCGGCUCAACAGCUAUCAGAAAACGGCUGUUCUGGCCAGAACCUGGACAUCGUCGACGAGAUCAUCGACCACCUCGCCGUGUCGGGCAUCGGGAUCCAGCACUUUAACACCGAGACCCACGACUAGAUCGAAUUCGCCCUCAGCCCCGAGUCACCGCUGGCCGCCUUCGACUCGCUCGUCCUAGCCUAGGUGUCGCCCAGAUUUGAGCCACUUCAAGCCACAGUCGGCUUAUUAAGUCGUCGGCUU